GUGACAGGGUCAUAGUCCGCAGCCGGGAUGAGGCUAUCGGAGAAGCAUUAUGGUUAGUUCCUCAGUGACCGAAAAAUAUUGAAUCAGCCAAAAACCUCUCCAGUGUAAAAUACCAGACAUUUUCCCUCCCAGUUACUCCCCACCCUUCACAAUCAUGAAUAUUCCUUCAUCGAAGUUUAAAAAAUCCUCUCCAACAAUUAUCCACGAGCCUUGCGUUGUUGCUCCCUAAUUGAAACAAAUACUUCCCGUUACGAUGAGUCAAACGAUUCGAGUCAUUCUCCAUUGAUGACUCUGCCACGGUUUCCGCUAGUGAUGUGAAAAAACAUAUGAAAUCAGUGUAAAAGUGGUGAUUAGCUGAGCCUCUUUAAUGAAAAGAGCUAGUUUUACGCGGUGAUUUUCAUAAUAGAGCAACAACCCUACGGAAUCGCACGUGAAUAAAGAACACAGUAAUACAGUGAAAAAAUAAAUCAUCAAAAAAUUAUCAGGAAUCAGUAGUGAAAGAUCAUCAAACCGCAGAGGAUGACAGUGAAGAUUGUGCCAGUUUCCUUAUGGGAAACCAUUAAACUUCAUGUGCUAUCGUUUAUCUUCGGAGUUUAUUUGAUUGUUGUGCGACUUUUCAAGUGGGCAUGGGACCCCAAAAAGUUCUUUGGAAUGGUCCAGAGAGAUAAACCACCCCCUUUCAUGGUUGAUAAUAGCCUUGGAAAACAUUCCUAUGUGAAACUAAAGAGCAUUAAAUUGCAUUAUGUGGAGGCUGGAGAAAAAGAUAAACCCCUUGUUCUGCUGUUGCAUGGCUUUCCCGAUUGCUGGCUGUCUUGGAGAGAGCAAAUACCAGUUUUAUCGGAGCACUACAGGGUUGUGGCCCUAGACUUGAAGGGCUUCGGAGACAGCGACAAGCCCACCCACACAAAAUCCUAUAAGAUAGACGUUUUAAUCGAUGAACUGCAUCAAUUUAUUUUAACAUUUGGUGUGAGUCGGUGCAGUAUCAUUGGACAUGAUCUUGGUGGGCUCCUGGGGUGGUACAUGGCAGCUUUACACAGUGAUAUUAUUUAUAAAUUCGUGGUCAUAUCCAGUCCGCAUCCGAAUUAUUACUGGAGCGGGAUAAGUCGUAAUACUACUUUUGAUGAUAAAUGGAUGCACUUCAGUAGACUUCCAUUUCUACCUGAAAUGGAUGCACUUAAGGAAGAUUUAUCUGUGAUCAAUGAUACGUUCUCUCACCUCAAGAUUAAUCAGACAACAAGUGGAAAAAAUUAUGUUGAAGCGUAUAAAUAUGCUUUUAGUCGAACAGAGGAUUGGACUGGGCCGAUAAAUUACUAUCGAAAUUUACCCUUCAUGCGGCUCUACUCCAUCGAGCCCAUCAGCAAUCAGACUCUGUUGAUAGUCGGUAAUGCAGACCCCUCAGUGUCUUUGGAGAGUAUCAUUCAAAGCUCUGACCUCGUCGCGAGGUUUAACAUUAAAGUUAUCACCGGCGCUCAACAUUUUCCUCAUCAGGAAAAGCCAGAAAUGGUUAAUGAAGUUAUUUUGAAAUUUUUAAUAGGCAAACCUUCACCAUUGGAAAAAACUCCAUCAAAAGGAAUCGUCUCGACGUGGUUGGGUUCCCUGAGUAGUACAGUAAAAUAUGGAAACCAAGUACUCGAUGCUGUGCAGAAACGAACGAACGAUGUUGUAAGUGGUUUACCCAACAAAAUACACUAUCUAGGUCACACGACAACGUAACAGCCAGACCUAUUGUCAUGACUGCAACGUCUCCAGAGGUGAGACCAUUCAAAGGCUGGGCAAUGUCUACUCAUUAUUCGUUAAAUAAAAUAGAACAUUUUCACUUA